AUGGACAAUAACCAAUUGAACUGCGCACAUUUCUCAAUUUUCCUCUUGAAAUUACCUCAGGAGAUUAGUGGAGAAUGCCAGAAAAUUCCGGAGAACAAAAUUGCGGCAGAUAAGUUCUACUUCAAUUAUUUCUUUAGCGGCAAAACUGCAAUGAAGGCUUUUGUAUUUGAAGGUGUCGAUGGUACACGCAAAUACAAAAGCCUUCAUUGCAGUUUCGCCGCUCUUACAAAGAAAUAA